AUGGGCGUACUUGGACUAACGCGAUGGACGAAUGAUGUGGAAAGGAUUAUUUCUAGCGAGCUGACAAUUCCUGUCCCUAGCGGAACAGGAAGUGUACUGGAGAAUGGUGAACCUAUCCAGCUGAAUCCAGACGGAGACUGGCUUGUGAUCGAUGCGUGGGCAUGGAUCCACUAUGUAUGGCACUCAAUGAACACGAAUGUGUAUCAAGGAGGCUCAUUCCUGCAGUUCCGUAUCGUUCUAAAGGGCUGGAUCGAUACUUUGCGAGCGGCCGGCUUCCACAUUGUCGUGGUGUUUGACGGACCGCGUUUGCAUCAAAAGAUUGGCGCUAUGUUGUCGCGCACCGAGAACUACGUGCGGCUUAAUGCAAGACUUAUGCGUGCAGGACGCAACUUGCGGAACGACCAUGAAUUUGCACACGCCCGUAUGCUUCCACGUGGACUUACUGAAUUUGUAUGCGGUCUGCUUAAGUCGUACGACGUCGAGGUGAUCAUGGGAGCGGAAGAAGUUGAUGGUGUCGUGGCUCAGCUCGCCGAUGAACGUGCGGGAUACGUACUGAGCCGUGACUCUGACUUUUUGAUCCUAUGCGCAAAUUCGCCAAAGUGCAAGGGUUAUAUUUCACUCAACUCUAUCGAGUUCAUCGCGAUGGAGACUGCUGCCCCCCAGCCGGAAGUAGCGCCAGCCGAUGACGACGGUUUCACCACGGUCAACACUGGCAAAAGGAACAAGAAAGCAGCGCAGCAGGCCAAGAAUGCGCACCUGCCACACACGAUGCAGACGCCUGUUUUGCCUUCGCAAAUGGAAAGCUUGCGUCCUACAGCCGUGCGCUUGCGCUGCUUCUCUUCGUACAAGUGCGCCGAGCAACUCAAGCUUCCGAUGUCGCUGCUUCCCGCCUUCGCUGCUCUUGUGGGAACUGAAAAUCGCACGGCAGCUCAGGCCGAGUUAUUUAGCGGUCUGUUGCACGGCGUGUCAAACCGAAUGAAUGUGAUUGCAUCGCAUCUUGCUGAGCAGUUUACAGCUAUCAAGGAAGGCACGGCUCCGCCACCAGCGGCAGAAAACUCUGGCAGCAGUGCUCCUGAUGGAGAUGCCAUUCGUGAAGAAGAGCAGGAUGGUGACAAGGAUGAGUCAGAGUCGGAGCAACUCGACAUGUCGGACCCUGUAAUCCGUCUGUUGGCACAGACAUUCGACAGUCUAGUGCAGUUCGGACGUCAGCGCCGCGGUGCUCCAUUGCCAGUAUCAUGGGCGAAUCGCUCGACUAUUGUCAAAUCGAUGCAUGAGACCGCGCUAUCGUACAUGCCGGGCCAGGGCAGUGAGGCAAUGGACCGAUUCAUGGCAUCCACGGACUGUGAGGCCUUGAAGAAGUACCAGGAUGCGUACUGGAAGGGCCACUUUGAUCAGGCUCUGAUCUCCGCAAUGCUUGAGCGCGUUUACAUUGCACGCGUGUACUUGGAAGAGCCAGAAGAGCCGGCAUCACAACGUGUGAUUGUGCGUCCCAUGCGCCAGAUUGUCUGGUCGAUUCUUUUCUCCGCCUGGUUUACAGCUCACCCAGAAGAAAAGGCCAAAAUCGAGGAGGCUUUGGAGCGGAUGCGUUUGGAGGAAAAGGCGGCUGAAGAGGAAGCCAAGGUUCACGUGGAAAAUGACAAUCAGGAGGAUGGCGAUCAGCAUACGCACGAGGAAGUCGAUGUGGGUGAAGAUGACGACGAGAACGAUGACCAUGAAGUCGAUGACGAAAAGAAUCAUGAAGACGAGGGCGAGGGUGCCACGGAAGAAGAGCAGCCAGAGCCGGAGGAAACCGGUCCUGAGCCCCUGACGACGGUCACCGAAUACACUCGUACGGAAUAUGCUUUACGCAAAGACGAUGUGCCAGUGCAUUUGCUUCCUGUGUAUUUGAAGGGCAUCGAAAAGAUCACUCCCAUGCCGCCAUCUCUUGUACCGAUGGUCGAGAAGUAUGCUGAGGCACUUGAGGCCGUCAGUCAAGAUGCGACCAAGCCGGCUCCUGCGCCUGUGUUUGCCGCCGAGCUUCCGGAGUCCGAGCGCCUGGAUCUGUGGCGAUACGUCCACCACUCAUACAUUCCUGAGCUGGACUUGCUGCCUGCUGAUGUGCGCUCGUUUGCGGCUGGUCUGCGCUAUACAAUUGUGACGAACCAUGAGCGUCUUGGCACGCUACGCACGCGCCACAACUGGACGCAGACGGAAAUCGAGGCCGCUGUGUACUCUGCUUGUAUUUCGCGUCGCGUGAGUAAGGAAGCGUCGCCGGAGGAAAUGCAGGCUAUUGUGGACGCUUACCCGUACGGCUCGCCGACGAACCGAGCCAUCACGCUAUGCACGACGCUUGGAUUCGUUCUGCAAAUGAGUGCCCUCUUCACGCAAACGCUGGCUCUGACUGAACAGAUUCCAAACUCUCGCCCGAUGUGGGAACCACCGCUGUUCCACGCGUGUCUCGGCAUGAUGUCAGACACCAAUGCAUCCAAAAAGACAUCACCGCGCCAUGAAGCGUGGACCAAGUUCGAAGAUGCUCAGCUUUACGACACGCUCCUGUCAGUCGUACUGCAUGGACUUGAGCGGCGCGUUGGUCGCACGCGCACUGCGCCGACACAGCAAAAGAAGCGCACCGAUGGACCACGCCAGCGCCGACACUUGGGUCUACUGGAAGAGACGAUGCUCUAG